AUGAGGAGACAGACCAUGAGGAGACAGACCAGGAGGAGACAGACCAUGAGGAGACAGACCAGGAGGAGACAGACCAUGAGGAGACAGACCAGGAGGAGACAGACCAGGAGGAGACAGACCAGGAGGAGACAGACCAGGAGGAGACAGAGCAGGAGGAGACAGACCAGGAGGAGACAUACCAUGAGGAGACAUACCAGGAGGAGACAGACCAUGAGGAGACAGACCAUGAGGAGACAGACCAGGAGGAGACAGACCAGGAGGAGACAGACCAGGAGGAGACAGACCAGGAGGAGACAGACCAUGAGGAGACAGACCAGGAGGAGACAGACCAGGAGGAGACAGACCAGGAGGAGACAGACCAGGAGGAGACAGACCAGGAGACAGACCAGGAGGAGACAGACCAGGAGGAGACAGACCAGGAGGAGACAGACCAUGAGGAGACAGACCAUGAGGAGACAGACCAUGAGGAGACAGACCAGGAGGAGACAGACCAGGAGGAGACAGACCAGGAGGAGACAGACCAUGAGGAGACAGACCAGGAGGAGACAGACCAGGAGGAGACAGACCAGGAGGAGACAGAGCAGGAGGAGACAGACCAGGAGGAGACAUACCAUGAGGAGACAUACCAGGAGGAGACAGACCAUGAGGAGACAGACCAUGAGGAGACAGACCAGGAGGAGACAGACCAGGAGGAGACAGACCAGGAGGAGACAGACCAGGAGGAACAGAGCAGGAGGAGACAGACCAGGAGGAGACAUACCAUGA